AUGAAGGGAUCUGAAAUUCUCAGGUUCGACGGAACGUACUCCGUUCUGCUGCUUUCCAUUUCAUUGGCUUGUUUCCUUCUCUGUGCCAUCCUCCUCUAUGUGGUGCAUUCGAGACGAUACAAGCUGAACUGGUUCGAACGGAAUCGUUUGGAUUCCUUCGCUUGCGAAGAAGCUACGAUCGUGAAACUCUGCAACCGUCAACGCUAUCACAGUGGAUCCACCUGCAGCGAUGGGAGUCUUGCUGACUUGACGUCUGCCCUGCCCCAAAUCCGUUCAGAGGUCUGGCAGGACCAACAGCAGGGGGAAGCGGCAUGCUCGGCGAAAGCUGUCGAUAGGAACUCUUUGAAGUCAAUCAUUUCUUCCGCGAGUACGGCCACCACAUUAGCGUCAGAACCCUCGGCCGUGGCUGUGAGCGAUGAUUACGAACUCGCAAAGGCGUCAGGGUCCGCAGUGGAUUUGGACGCGGUUGCUCAGAACUAUCAGCCGACGACGGGACAAAAAUCCAAAGUCAGCACGAUGUAUGAGAAACUCGACCACACCCAGUUCAACGCGGAUAUGUAUCAAGUCAAGGCAGAAGGAAGUGCGGGGAGCGACGAAACCCCGGGGACCGCGAAACUCCAUCUGAGUUGCAGUUACAACUCGCAAUUCUCGGUUCUAUGUAUCCGAGUCUUUCAUGUUGAAGGUUCGAUCAGCCACUCACAUGUGGUGAACCCCUACCUCAGAGUUUCCCUGAUGUCUGACUCGAAGUCCGAGCAGGUGAAAGUCAGUCAUGUUCAGAGGAAUACAACUGAGCUCCAAUUCGAAGAGGAUUUUGUGUUCGAUGAUGUCAAUCAGGGCGAUCUCGAGACCGAUACCGUGAACGUCUUCGUCUUGAACGAGGUACCGAAAAGCGAUUCUGACUCCGGAGCAGUAGCCGAGCAUUGCCUGGGCGGCGUGCAGUUCUCGCUCGAUCAAUUGCUGAACUCCGCGCGAGAGGGCAAUGUCAAACCGGUCUCCAUGAUUUUGCCGCUGUGUUCCGCGGAGACAAUCACGAACAAAAUGUCAAAAUAUGGGGACGUACAGCUCUCGAUGAGCUACCUGCAGAGCGCGGAACGACUGACGAUUUCCAUACUCAGAGUGAAGGGCCUCUCGGUGCCCACCAGCGUCAAGGCCAACGGAAACCCCGACGUGUUCGUGAAAUUGACCGUCACGACGAGCUCCGGGAAGAAUCGGAUCAACAAGAAGAAGAAGAGGACCGGGACCCAGAAGAACACCACCUCACCGGUGUUCAAUGAGGCAUUCACAUUCCACGUGACCCGAAUAGGUUUGCAAACGGCCUCGAUCCAACUCUCCGUCGACCACGAGCUGCCGCCGCCGUACAUUCCAUUACAACAGAGGGAAGUUCCACUGGCGAAACUGAGUUUUGCGUCGGGACAUCUCUGCGAUUUCGUUCAUAGUGCGAGCAACGGACUCCAAGCGAAAUGGUUCCGGCUCGAGGCUCCCGAGCCUCGCUGAAGCAGAACGGAAGAGCUUAUGACCGAUGUCGAACUUCCUGCCGGAGAAGUGGAAGUGCUCUAGGUCUAGAUGAUCCCAUGCGGCUUAAUGUACUCACGAAGUCCUGUUAAAGACGAGCCCUAGAAGUUAUUUCACUUUCGUAGAAAACUAUGCCGCCCGAGACAAUGCUUUCGACAUUCGACGAAUUUCGGCGCUCGCUGCGUAGGAAAUCUUUGCUCACCUCCCAAGUCCGGCAUCAGGAACGCGGACGACUCGGGCUUCAUCUAACCAUCCUCAGGAUUUAGCGAAUUGACCUAAGGCUGCGGUGAGAAGAAUACGGUUGCAGAUCCUCUGAAGCCCUUGUGGCUUUCUCAUGUCGUCGAAGAUGUACGAAAGCUGCUUUGACAUCGCAGGUAUAAAGAUCGGCGAGAAACGAGAUAUUUGCGGCUCCGUCACCCUUGUGCUGCUAUCUUGAGUGGCGGAUCGCUCCAGAGAGAAAUAGAAAACAGAACAUGGAAGCCCGAAAAAAAAUAUGACGUCACUAUUCACUGUGGAGUUCGCUUGAUGUACGCCGACAAGCCGCGAAAGAUCGACAAUUCAGCCAACGAGGUCCAAGAAGGUCUAAGUCUAGAACAUGUUGUCGUUGCCCCCGCAUCACUGUUGAGCGAAGGGCAAGCAUGCGUCGGGAAACCUCCUGGUCAUUUCAGAGUCAGGAAGUGAUUUUUUCGCUUCUGUCGUCUAAACCAAAUCAACGCUGAUAUCAUGGACUCCCUCGUGGAUCUGUAUUCUGGCAAUGCUGGGCUUCUGGGAUGCUGUA